AAGCCGGGGAGAAGGCAGAGGCGUCCCAUGAUGCAUUGCACUGCCAACGUAUGCAAACAGGAACAUGGCUACCGGUGUUUAAUAUCAGCAGCUUGCAAAACACACUUCUAUCUGCUUGACACUGUCUGUGACAAGUCGACAUUUGUUGUGCUGCCGCGACAGAGGAAAAGUAUCUGUGAAGUUUAUCAGUAGAGGCCACAGACUCUGAAAACAGCGCCUCUGUUGUUCUUCUAUCACAGACAGUGCAUGUCAUCAUGGCAAGUCCAAGGACCAGAAGAGUUCUGAAGGAAGUUCGGACUGAGGAUGAGAACAAUCUGUGUUUUGAGUGUGGGGCUUUUAACCCUCAGUGGGUUAGUGUGACGUACGGCAUUUGGAUUUGUCUUGAGUGCUCUGGCAAACAUAGAGGCCUGGGUGUACAUCUCAGUUUUGUGCGCUCGGUCACCAUGGACAAGUGGAAAGACAUUGAGCUGGAGAAAAUGAAAGCUGGAGGAAAUGGAAAAUUCCGCCUGUUUCUUGAACUCCAAGAUGAUUACGACCCUAACUGGACUUUACAGGAGAAAUACAACAGCAGAGCCGCUGCACUUUUUAGAGACAAGGUUGCAACUUUAGCAGAGGGGAAGGAGUGGUCCAUUGAGACAUCCCCUGCCAGAAACUGGACUUCUCCUCAACCUAAGACCAGCCUUUCAUCCUCUCAUCGCUCUGCGGGACCUGGACAGACCUCAGCAAAAUCCGGUGACAAAGCUUUUGAAGAUUGGUUGAGUGAUGAUGUUAACUCUUAUCAAAGUGGAGGUGGUUACAGUGGGAAUCAGGAGAACCGGUACGUUGGCUUUGGCAACACAGUGACCCCGGAGAAGAAAGAGGAUGACUUUCUGAACAAUGCUAUGUCUUCUAUUUAUUCAGGCUGGAGCAGUUUCACAGUUGGAGCUAGCAAGUUUGCUUCUAUUGCCAAAGAUAAUACGAGUAAACUGGCCAACCAAGCAACCUUAAAGUUAAGGGGCUAUAAAGCGCCCCCUGAACCGGCCACUGAGUUAGGACAUACAUUAAAUGAGAAUGUUAUCAAACCCACCCAAGAAAAGGUGAAAGAUGGCAAAUUGCUAGAUGAAAUGGCAGUCAGCAUCACGGGGCUGGCAAAUAAGGUUCAGGGAGCUGGUGCUAAGCUGUCCAAUAUAUUUUCUGGAAAACCUGAAGAUGGAUCUGCCGGAGAGAGCUACCAGAACAUGGAUGCCACUGAGGGCUAUCAGGGGAGCUCUAGCCAGCCUGUGUCAAAGGACUUCUGGGAAACCUUUGGCAGCAACACUUCCUUAAAAGCCAAGAAAUCUCCCAGCAGUGACAGCUGGACCAUCGCAGAUAAUUCUGCAAAGAAGAGCUCUGACAGUUGGGACAAUUGGGGCUCCGAAGCGGCGUCCAACAACAAACACAGCACAGAAGAGAGCUGGGAGGCCUGGGACAACAACUGGGACAACGCGGAGGGUAAAACAAAGAAGAGUCCUUCGAAACCUGCUGAGGAAACCUGGGAUAAUGCAGAAUGGUAGUGACCUCAGAACCACACACCUCCUUACCCCUUUUUUCCUACUCUGGCCUUCUUUUUCUGUCCUCCUCCCCCCGUUCAUCUCACUGACACUCUCAGGAAGAGAGAGUUGCGUCUGUUUAGUUCAUGUUAAUGCAUUCAAAAUAUAUCACACAUUCAAGAAAUAAUGAAUGAAGCCCAGGGAUACGUUGAGCUCAUUACAAAAUGAAUAUUCUUAAAAACUUAAAUAUAUUGACUUAGAGUCCUGUAUUUUAUUGUAAAUUGCCUUGAACAAGGAAUCAAAAUCAGCAAGUGUAGAUAAGGUCAUAAUUAACUAUAUGGGUUCCCCAAAUAUCAUACUCUGAAUGGUGAAUAAGCCAGUAUUCAUAACUGUAUCGUGGAUGUAAUGACACUGGUUUUCAGUUCAUCACAUGGAGAAAAAGAAACGAUGCAUGAAAGAAAAGAUCUGAUUUACGUUGUAAAUAUGAAUCGUUGUAAAUAGAGUAUGGCUGACUAAAUACUAAUACAUCAUUGUUUGUGUUUAAACAAAUCAAGCCCCUACAUGUUUUGCACAUUUUGUUUAAAUUUUAAUUAGGAAAGCAUUUUUUUUGAGGAAAUCCUAUCCCAUCCUGUGAUUACAGUGUUAAUGUUGAAGGAACAGAAAAUCAUUAAUCGCCAUCUGUGUGGAGAAGUUAAAGUUAAAUUAAAUAAUUGAAUGUCUAUUGGGUCAGGGCUAAAUUACCUUCAUAGUAUUUACUGAUAUUUUAAGAAUAUUUUUGUUAAACAUGUGCAAAAUAGUCAAGGGAUUCAAAAUCAGCAUUGUGUAUCCAAAACAAAUGAAGUGCACUGAUAACUGCCCCUUUGCUUAAACGGUUACUUUAGACUUUCAUCACAUUGCAUUCAUUUUGAUUGGUUGACACAGUGAUGUUUUUAUUCCCACUUUUUCUUUUUCCAUUGUCUUUUUUUGUCAUACAUCUUCUCUGGUAAUCCUUCUUUAUACUGGUUUAUAUUGCAAGUAAAUAAAGUGCUGUUUCUUUAUUUACUUCACAGCUGAAGUCCAUCUGUUUGUUAAGCUAAAAUAUGCCAGAAAUAACUGCCAUUACCGCAUGGGGGAGAAAGGGGAUUUAUUGGAAUAUUAUUGUAUGUAUUUCUUCCUGACUGAAGGUGGCCGAAUUGACUUUAGUCCUGCCGACUUUGAAUUUGGUCCACACAGUCAGCACAGGCUGGAUUUACUUGUAAAGGAGUUUAAACUGGACUCAGACUGGACCACGCUUCUCAACUCACAUGUAUUCUCUCAGAAAUGAAGAGGCACAGCUCAUAUUGUAGGAGGAAAUAAAUAGCUUUAUUUUAAUUUUAGCAGUUUUAUUUUCAGGGUGUAUUCUGGUAAAGUGUGAAUAAUUGAUGCCUAGAGUUUAUAUAAAUCUUAAAGUAGUUGAUUUUCACAUGAAAGUGGCAUGGUAGCAAUACUGUGCAUCCUGUAUGAGUGUGAGGGUUGUGAUUCAAUACCUGGACAGAGGGAAGGAACUGUGGAGUAGUGUGACCUCAGCUGAACUGACGGGUCAUUGUAAAUUUCAUCUUGUGUGUGAAGCCACUUGGUAUGGACCGAGUCAAGUGUUAUCGUGCCCUAGUCCUUACGUAUUGUAAGGAUUUAAUGUCACAGAUAUCUUCACACUUGUAUGAACAUCUGAAUGACUUGGUAAUAUUAAUGAGCCUCAUUAUACGCUUCACAGUUAGAUGGUCAUAGCUCUCAAGCGCUUGUUAUGAAUUAAUUUAAUCAGCCUAGAGCCUUCCUCAGAUUAAAUGGCAGCUCCACUCACUUUGUUCAUCAUCCAUGCAAAUAUUUCAAGUAAAAAUGUGCUCAGUGUGAAACUAACUUGCUAAACUGAAUUUCCAUUGGGCCUUUCAUUCCCUUUAACCCUCGAAAAGCUUUUUAAUUUCCUAUUUAUGGAGCAUCUGUGAGUUAUUUAUGGUGCAUGAAUGAUCUGAAUCACUAAAAAGAAAUGACCGCUUACAACUACAUGUUGAUCUACACUUUUUACAUUUUUAUAACUAAUAUCAGAGGAUGUCAUAACAUAUUCUUCUGAUUCUUUGAGCCUUGAUGUACCAGUGCAAUACAGCUACUGGAUGGUUUAUUUGGAUGUUGGUGCACUCCGACAGACAGCCUGGGCCUCGUGAUUGGUUAGAAAGAAUAUUUUACUAUCCCAGCUUUUGUCUUUAUUCCAUGUUCGUUUUCCUACCUCUCAAGAAGUCUUCAGUUUACUUCCUGCUGUUGAAUACAGAUACAUUUUGUUGAUGCUUUGUAGCAUCAAAGCAACAAGUGUGAGUCUAUACUGUGUUGGGUGUGUUUUCAUUGACAAUGCAGUGCUGUUUAAAGAGCAAGAAAAAAAAAAGCAAAGAAGAUUGCUCCUGGAACAUUUAUGUUGCUGGAAAUCUGCUGUCGUGUCCAUGUAUGGUUGCAUGUUAAAAGCCUUAAACAGACGCGUUCGCUUUCUGUUGAUAUCAGUGUCCGUCUGCCUGUGUGACUAUGAUGCAGUGACAUGUACGUGAUAAUAUCAAAUCUUCCCAUCAACUUUUCUUUUGGAGUAGGUCACUUAUUUCUCUUUAUUUUAUCAUGUCAUGACAUGAAACACACAUUUUGCCAAAGUUUAUAAAGGGGAAUAUUGGAACAGUCCUUGAUUUGUAAUACAGUAGCUUUUCAUUUAGUGAAUGUUGGGCUUACUGCUUCAUUUGAUCCACAAACUGCAGAAUGUGUCAUUGAAUGAAAUGCAUCUAACUGGUGUUGAUUAUUAUUAUUAUUAUUAUUAUUAUCAUUAUUAUUAUUCAUAAAUACAGAUGUGUUCUUUUUUUGACACAUUAUCUAAUCUAAACUUUCCAGAACAGCGGUAGAGCUCUUUCUCUGUGCCUGUAGACUGGGUACGUCUGUGUUUGUUGAAGAAACUAAUAAUGUCAAAAGUACUAUUUUUGAUGUCAUGCAUGAGAUGUAAUAUGGAGCUAAAUACAUUUGGUCGUUUCCUCAGUGAAUUAAAGUGCAGUUGUUUGCUUGAUCCCUCCAAGUUUCACCAGCAACCAUCCUAUGAGGUGAACCAGUGUUACCUACCCAUCUCAGAUGAGGCUGUGGAUAUUUUUUUUUUUUCCUGUACACAUGGUUUCUGUGUAAAAUAAAAAUCGUACUGUGCUGUGAAUGUU